AUGCGCCCCGGCCCCGGCCCCGUCGCCCUACCUUCGACCCGGCCCCUCGGCCUACCUGCGGCCCCGCCGCCCUACCUGCGACUCCGCCCGAGCCGUCUCACCCGGCCGAGCAGCCGACCGCCACGCCGCCCUGCAGCAGCACAGCCGAACCGCCCAGCAGCCGAGCCGCCCGGAGCCGAGCCGCCCGGAGCCGAGCCGCCCAGCAGCCGAGCCGCCCAGCAGCAGAGCCGCCAAGCCGCCCGGCAGCCGAGACGCCGAGCCGCCGAGCCGCCGAGCCGCCCUACUACCGGGCCGCCCGAGCUGCCCAGUCUGGUCUGGGUAGAUGACCUGCAGCUGUUCUUACAGUGCGAUAGGGUAGAUGACCUGCAGCUGUUCUUACAGUGCGAUAGGGCAGACGGCCUCUCUCUCUUUAACCUCACCUCUGGCACUUCCCCUGCCCCUGCUACUGAUGCUGACGCCACUAUUCGCUCCCAGUGGGCCACGCGCGACGCUGCAGCACGUCUUGCUGUGCGUCGCCACCUCCCUACCUCCGAGCGUGCGCACUUUAGCCAGUACAAGAGUGCUCAGACCUUGUACGACGCUGCAUUCGCGCGCUACUCCUCCCCUGCCACUGCUGCACUGAGCCGUCUCAUGCUACCGGGUGUUCCCCCUCCCCCCUUCUGCCCUCUGUUGCCUCUGGUGCUGCGGCCGACCUCCUUGGUCUUGAGUCGGUCGGUGCGGCGUCUGCCCUUAGCGGGAGACGCCGCCCUGGCAAGGGCAAGGGGGGCAGGGGCGCUGGAGGAGCGAGCGGGGGCGGUGGAGGUGGAGGUGGCGGCAGUGGGGGGACUGGGGGUGGCGGUGGGAGUGGAGGUGGGAGUGGAGGGGUCGGUGGCGGCGGUGGAGGCGGAGGAGGCGGCGGCGGUGGCGGUGGGAGCGGAGGUGGCGGAGGUGGCGGCGUUGGAGGAGGCGGCGGAGGCGGCGGCAGUAGCGGAGGCGGCGGAGGCGGCGGGGGUGGCGGUGGAGCUGGUCGCGGGUCUUCGCAGAGGAGUGGCUCCGGUGGUGGCUCGCGCCAGCAGCAGCAGCGCGGUCGUGAGACCCUGUCCCCUCAGCAGCUCCGUGAGUGGUACACUUCACGCCAGCGGGGUGGGGGUUUUGGUCCGUGCACCUACGUCCUGCGCACCGGCGACCGUGCGGGGCGAGCUGUCUAGGGCGGGUGUUGCCAUCUAUGAUCUUGACUUUGAUGCUAUUCUCUCUGCCAUGUAUGCUGUGUCUAUUAGUGAUGAGGGUGACUGUUACCGGUGUUUCCCGCCCGAUCCGGGCAUUGAGACUGCUGCUCUAGGUACUGGUGAGGCGGCUGCCCUAGGUGCUUGCGACGCUGCUGCUCUAGGUGCUAGUGUGUCUGCGUCCUCAGGUACUGGUGAGUCUGCGCUCUCAGGUACUACGUCGGCUUCGGCCUCCCUCACCUUCACUCUUGACUCAGGGGCGUCUCGCUCCUUCUUUCUGGACCGCACCACACUCACGCCGCUUAGUCGGCCGGUUGCGGUGUCUCUGGCUGACCCCUCUGGGGGUCCUGUCCUGUCUCGCUUCUCCACAGUCCUCCCGUGUCCGGCGGCUCCCUCUGGCACCCUUUCUGGUCUCUACCUCCCCUCGUUCUCUACAAACCUGGUGAGUGGUGCUGACCUGCAGGAUGCGGGAGCACACCAGUUCACUCCUGCCCGUCAGCGGGUGACGCACUGCACAGAGGCUAGCACAGGCCGACACCUGGCUACGUUUACCCGUCAGCCGGGGUCGAGCCUAUACACACUGACCACUGCGUCUCCUCCCGUUACUGAGUCUGGUAGGGUAGCUGCGUCGGUUCAGGUGUUUGCUGCAGCGUCCAGGUCUAGUCCUGAGUCUGCCCCCUGUUCGUGUCCUCUCCUGUCUCAUGAGACUCUCCUCUGGCACCACCGCCUUGGUCACCCCUCUCUGCUUAGGCUCAGAAGCAUGGCCUCUCGUCUUCUUGCUUCUGGUCUCCCCCGGUCCCUCCCUCCCCUUCCUCAGGGCCCUGGCCCUACCUGUGUCCCCUGUGUCGAGGGGCGCCAGCGUGCUGCCCCUCACUCCUCCCAGUUUCCUCCGACAGAGGCCCCGUUGCAGACGCUUCACAUGGACGUGUGGGGCCCAGCCCGCGUCCGUGGACAGGGUCACGAGCGCUACUUCCUGCUCGUUGUUGACGACUACUCGCGUUACACCGCAGUCUUCCCCUUGCGCAGCAAGGGUGAUGUCACUGAGGUACUGAUCGACUGGAUCCGCGCAGCUUGUCUCCAGCUCAGGCAGAGCUUUGGCUCGGACUUUCCUGUUCUGCGUUUGCACUCAGAAAGAGGCGGAGAGUUUUCCUCUGGCCUUCUGAGAGCCUACUGUCGUGCACGAGGCAUCCGUCAGACGUUCACGCUUCCGGACUCUCCGCAGCAAAAUGGGAUUGCUGAGCGCCGCAUUGGCAUGGUCAUGGAUGUCGCUCGGAAGUCUAUGAUGCAUGCGGCUGCCCCCCAUUUUCUGUGGCCGUUUGCGGUUCGGUACGCGGCGCAUCAGAUCAACCUUCACCCCAGGGUCUCCAGGCCGGAGACCUCCCCAGCCUUGCUGUGGACGGGGAAGGUUGGCGAUGCGUCGGCGUUCCGGGUCUGGGGAUCUCGGGCGUUUGUCCGCGACUUGUCUACGGACAAGCUGUCCCCUCGUGCUGCUCCUUGCGUCUUCCUGGGGUUCCCCCCUGACGCGCCUGGGUGGCAGUUCUACCACCCCACCUCCCGCCGUGUUCUGUCCUCCCAGAACGUCGCGUUCGACGAGUCGGUCCCCUACUACUACCUCUUCCCCUACCGCACUCCGUCCCUCCCCCCGCCCCCGCUCUUCCUUGUACCAGGUCCCCCCCCAGUAGACCCCCUCCCCCCUCAGGGUCCUGCCCCUUCAGGUGUGUCCCAAGUAGACGCACUUGAGCCUGUCGAGGUCUCUGGUGACUCUGGUGCUGCUGAGGGUGCUGAGCCUGGGGGUGCUGACUCUGAAGUGCUGAGCCUAGGGGUGCUGGGCCUGGGGCCUGGGGGUGCUGAGCCUGGGGGUGCUGAGCCUGGGGGUGCGGAGCCUGGCGGUGCUUUGCCUGGGGGUGCUGGGCCUGGAGGUGCUCCGCAUGGAGGUUCUCCGGGUGCUUCGUCUCGCCGGGAGCCACUCUCUCCACAAGAGCUGCGCGAGUGGUUUGCCCGGCGCUGGAGCCGUGCUGCUGGUGCUGGAGGUUCUUCGGCUACUAAGGGUGCUGCUGUCGCGGGUCCCAGAGGUGCUCGUACAUGGAGUACUGGAGCUGCUGGGCCUGCGGGUUCGACUGGAGCUGGUGCUGCUGAGGGUGUUGGCGCUGAGCCUACUGCUGGCGGUCCUGCUGGGGGUACUACUGGUGCUGCUGGAGGUUCUGGAGCUGCUGGAGGUGCUGCUGGCGGUCCUACUAGGGAAACUGCUGCUGUCCGUGCUCGUCGUGAGCCUGCGUCUCGCCCUACGUCGCUUGUCCGUGCUGCUCGCACUAGUGGUCGUGGUUCGCGUCAGCGUCCUCCUCCUGUCCCUGGCAUGCACAGGAUGUCUCUGCGUCCGUCCACUGCUCCUCUGCGUGCCCCUUUAUCUUCUCCUCCUGAGUCCUCUCUUCCUGCUCUUGCCGACCCGGAGUCGGACUCUCUUCGUGCUGCCAGUCCUACUGUCACGCGUCUCCUUGCUACUGUCGUCACUGACCCUUCUUUUGAGUCCACUGCUGCGUCUGCCCUAGUUGCUGAGCUCGUCGACUUUGCUGCUCGCUGUCGUCUAGACUACGCUGCUAGUCUUGUCGCUGAGUCUGAGUCUGCCUGUCCUCCGUCCGUCGGGGGUGAGUGUGCCCUUGGCACGGACGUCCUUGAGGACAGGCAGGAGGAGUUCCAGUGUCUGGCUGCUGCUUCACCUCAUCUCGUGUCCGUACUGCUUACCCCUGAGGGAGACCCGGAUGCACUUGACAUCCCGACUCCGCGCUCUUACGCGGAGGCGAUAGAGGGUCCCUACUCCUCUCAGUGGCAUGCAGCUAUGGAUGCAGAGAUGGCUUCUUGGAAGUCCACAGGCACCUACGUUGACGCUGUCCCCCCUCUUGGGGCGAACAUCAUCAGUGGCAUGUGGAUCUUCACGGUGAAGUGGCCGCCGGGUUCUCCGCCUGUCUUCAAGGCGCGGUACGUGGCUCCUGGCUUCAUGCACGCCGCACCAUUACCCUGA